AAACAGCAGCAGUGCGCUGCCCAGUCCUCGCCGUCUCCUUCGAUUGACAGCUGUAGUGCGACUGCGCAGCGCCGCCCUCACCUAUUCUUUCCCGCGCCCGCCUCCUUUGGCCUCGGUGCCUCCGUCCGGCGACUCCGCAACAGCAGCCGUUUCCAACAAAAGAUAAGAUAACAGAAGCCACGCUCUUUCAAUAACAAUUCAUCACGGAGAGCGAAUCCGUGCGACCAAAUCCGUUGAUUGAAGAAUCCGCCCCCUAAGUUGCUACAGAAAUUUCCUCAGAUCUUUGUCAAUGGCGAACAAGUCCAGACCUAGUACAUUGUCCGUUUACCUUUACGUCCCAAACAUAAUCGGUUAUGUAAGAAUUCUAAUGAAUUGCUAUGCUUUUGCGAUAUGCUUUAAGGACAAGUAUCUUUUCUCCCUUUUGUAUUUUGUUAGCUUUGUAUGUGAUGCAUUGGAUGGAUGGUUUGCACGCAAAUUGAAUCAAGUUUCAACAUUUGGUGUAGUUCUUGACAUGGUUACAGACAGGAUAAGCACGGCUUGUCUGCUGGUUGUUCUCUCCCAAGUUUAUAGGCCUGGGUUGAUUUUCUUGUCAUUGCUUGCUCUAGACAUUGCCAGUCAUUGGUUUCAAAUGCAUAGUACCUUCUUGGUGGGCAAGAGUAGUCAUAAGGAUGUUAAAGAUAGCAGCAGCUGGCUUUUCAAGCUUUACUACAGGAAUCGGAAGUUUAUGGGUUAUUGUUGUGUUUCUUGUGAGGUGCUUUAUAUUAUAUUGUUUCUUUUGGCAAAUAAUCCGACUGAGAACCUUAUUGAAGUUUUAUUAAAUGUUUCUACGCGAAACUGGCUGUACCUGACUUUACUUCCUUUGAGUCUUGUUGGAUGGGCAAUCAAACAACUAAUUAAUAUUAUACAGAUGAAGACAGCUUCAGAUGCAUGUAUACUUUAUGACAUCGCUAAGAAGCAGUAGGAGGGAUGACCAACCUUGCUUUGUUUCCUGCAAACAUCAAAUUUCAUUUUGGUUUGAGUGGUGCAACAUAUUUAUGGAUGGAUUGGCAUUCAGGAUUCCAACAUGCGUUUUGAAUCAGGAGUUGAUUAUGUGCUUGUCAAUGAAUUCAAACGAGAUAACGUGUACACAUUCGGAGGAUCGUGUUUUACAUCUCUUCCCCUACGUACUCUUGUUUGAAAAUCACCAUGUUGGUUCCCGUUGUAGAAAUGUAAAAAAUGGCUUGGCCGUCUGAUUUCCGAUUAAAAUGAAGUGGAGAAUCAUUCUUCAUCUUUGAAUUA